UAUAAGGGGUUACAAUAUUGAGAUAGGAGUACAAUUCAUUAACGAUCGUUGAAGUAUAACGAACUCUCCUUCGCAGAGUGAUCAUCAUCAGAGCAGCCCACAGUAGGAGUGCCUUGAGUGCCGUGACUUGUGUUCUUAAAGAACUUUAUCGUUUCGAACGCAGUGUUUUGUGUGAUACAGUGUUAUCUCGAAGCAAGAACAGCCAGAUCAUGAAAGUGUUUAUCGCCGUAUUUGCCCUGCUAGUGGCCAGUGCUUUGGCCGCCCCAGCUCCGGCUGACGAAUCCUCCAGCUCCAGUGGCCUGGGAAUGGCCCUCCGGUACUUCGGAAGCUGUCUGGAAUCCGACGAAAUGGGAACCUGCUUCGCUGUGAAAGGAAUUACCGCUCUGAACCGUGCUGCCCGUGCCAACAACAUCGAAAUCGUGCCCGGUGUUACUUUCUCAAGAGACCCAGCUGCUCCUGUUGAACGCAUGGGCAAGUCCAUCUCUGAAAACGAAAUCAUCAGCACCCUGCCCGCCACCGCCGAAGACAAGAGCGACGCCCUGUUCGAUAUGGCCGUCGACUCCGCCAAGCGUCUGUUCACUGCCCGCUCCAUCCAGUUCAAGCUGCCCGAAGAAGCCCAGGAAUCCAUUGCCCGUUCUAUCGAAGAAGGUAGACUGCUGAAGAAAGGUAAGAAGCUGAAGAAGGUUCUGGGCCCACUUGUCCUGGCUGUCGGAGGAAAGCUGUUCGCCCUGCUGCCCCUGCUCCUCGGAGGAGUUGCUCUGUUGGCAUUCAAGGCUCUGCUCGUCUCCAAGGUUGCCCUGGUCCUGGCUGUCGUCCUCGCCGUCAAGAAAUUCCUCGGAGGAGCCGUUGAAGGUGCCGGUACUCUGGGUCUGCUGUCCAAGGCCGUUGGAGGUGCUGCUGCUGCUGGUGCUGGUGCUCUGGGAGCUGGUGCCCUGGCUGCUGGUGCUGGUGGAGCUACCGGUGGAUGGUCGUCCGGAGCCGGUGCUCAGGGCUGGUCUCAAGGAAGCGCUCAGUAUCCUUAUGCCCGUAGCUACGAUACCGCUCAGGACCUCGCCUACAGCGCCCAGGCCCCUAAGGCGUAAACCACCCCUCCCGCACCCUUACACCCCGAAACGAAACCAUAUUAGGUUAGGAAUCUUCCUCCUGCAAAACUCUACGCACCAACUAUGGCUCCUUCAACUACUACUCUAGUCUUCGUGUCGACCCCCACACUGUCCUGGGGAAUUAUCUUGGGCCCCCCUACACAACCCACCCCUUAUCGCUUCAACCUCAACCUGUCCACCUGGCACCGAAACGUGCACCCCUCAAUCUAGUCUCUAACCAACAAUUUCACAUGGAAGUCAGAAAGCGAGACAACGCAUCGUUGACGAGUCUACCAGCACAUACCCGUCCCAAAAGCCGGCAAACCGAGCUUUCCUCUACCAUCUACGCUCCGAUCAACACGCACCGCACCUGCCACAAUUAUACGACACGCCAGAUCGUGACGAAAACCGAUCCAUCCGCCGCCGUCUAAUCUUUCACCAAAACACACCUCUUCCUAUCUCUUCAACCGCCACCCCCUCACCAAAACAAACAAUAACAAAAAAACCCUCCCGCGAAGAGUGUAGAAAAGAGAGUACUUCUCUCCGAUCCGUUCCGAGAUCGAGAUCGAGUAUCAUCACCAUGAUCGCCGAACUGCGCGCAUCGAUUUGCUGAUGAUAGCCGAUGGGACACCCUUGCAUUGUAGGCUGCAACGAUUCGAAACGAUUUGCGCCGGAUCGAACCAAGAAACCCGCACCUGCACCCGCCCGCCCGCCAAUUUGUACAUACACAAAUACAAACGAAAUCAUCUUUAGGGGAAACGAAAGUUUAGCACAUGAGAGAAUUUGCGCACCAAGCGAGCGAGCGAGCGAGUGCGCACCCAAGCGAGCCGUCGAACCGAUCCGUCAAACGACUUUCCGUUCUACUCAACUAUACGCGCCACUUAGCGCCAACUUAGCGUUUACAACAACUAACUGCCGCAACGCCAGCGGUUUUCCUCCUUCCUUCCCAAUUCUCCUUGAAAAAACAAAUCUUAAGUAGUGUUUAUUAGUGUUUAGUAAUUUAUUGCCCCCCCCUUAAAUCCAGUGAACAAGACGACGAAGUGAAACAACAAAAAAUCCCAACAUCGAUCACACACGUGUAAUUAAUUUAUUUUUAUUUAUGAAAC